UUGGAAACAGUGUUGUGUUUUGGCCAGUGGAGUAACGAGACAGUUCCCGUGUUUGCGGCGUGGACGGCGGAGGCGACUUGUCAGGCAAGGUGAGAGGGAUUCACCAUUCUCACCUCGUCAAUGGUCAGAUAUGGAGGGGAAAUCCUCACAUAGAAUGGAACAAAACGGCAAAAGAAAAGUUCGUCGGCACUUGCCUCCUGGAAAAGGUCCAUACACUGUCGGGACUGUUGAUGUUAUGUGUGGCCACACUGAAAAUGGAUCAUUCUUUAGGUUAUUUUACCCAACAAACGACACUGACAUAUACAAAAGAGAUAGACAGUGGCCGUUAUGGAUACCUCGGCGCCAGUAUGGAAUUGGUUACAUGUAUUUUCUGGGAAGAAAUCCAAAAAUAUUUGGAAAGCUGUUCAAUUGGUUAGGAGGUGAUGUAUAUGUUCCGGCACUAUGGCAGGCUCCGGUGCUGCAGAAUGGGAAGAAGUUUCCAGUGAUCGUACUCUCCCAUGGUUUGGGAGGAAACCGGACCACCUACACCACCCUGUGUCUCGAGCUUGCAUCUCAGGGCUUCAUCAUUGCAGCAGUGGAACACAGGGAUGGAUCCGCUUCCAUGACUCUCUGCCUCCGAGAGAGCUUCCGUCACUCCGUCCGACACGUUGACGACAACAACCACAGUCACCAUCAUCAUCGCAACAGCUUCAGCGAGGACUGGAAAAUCUUUGACAAGCCAAAACACAUCCAGUGGGAUGACUUUAACUACAGAAACAAACAGGUUCACCAAAGAGCUAGAGAGUGUAGCCGUGUUUUGGACAUCCUCAAGGAUCUGAAUGAUGGCAAACCGCUGUACAACUCCCUGGGAAUUAUCAUCAAUACAAGUCACUUCAAGGACACCAUGGACAUCACACAAGCUUCCAUCAUCGGUCACUCGUUUGGUGGCGCCACCUGUGUCUGUGCACUGUCUGACGAUGAGAGGUUUAAAGCUGGUGUGGUGUUAGACGGGUGGAUGCACCCCCUAGAUGACAAGGUGUACAAGACCGUGAGUCAGCCCAUCCUGAUGCUCAACAUGGAGACGUUCCAGUGGAGGAAGAACGUGCAGCAGAUGAUGAGGCUGAAGGCCGACAAUGUGGAGAGGCAGAUGUUGACAAUAAAGGGUACAUGCCAUCAGAGUGUCUCAGACUUCCAGUUCCUCACCAACAAGGCAAUGGGUCGCCUGUUUAAUCUGCGGAACAAGCUCACUCCACAUGUCGCCAUGGACAUCAUCCGCUGUGGAACUCUGGGCUUCCUCUGGAAACACCUGGGUCAGGAUUGUACUGAUUCAUGCACAGGGAACCAGUUUGAUGAUGUAUUGAUGGGCACGCGGGAACAUGUUGUCAUGGGAACCCUGCUGGACCUCAGCUGAUCACACCCACCUGAAAGCGGACCAUGGACCAGGGAUCAGGGCAACAUGUUGUGGCUGGAGACAACCACAAUCUCAUUAAAACCAGACCUUUGUUCUCGCUACCGCUAAACAAAGAUCUGAGGACAUCCCAUUAAGGGUCACGUCAGAACGACCUUUCAUCCAACCAAUCAGAGCGUCGC